AUGUCAAAGCCGCUGCACCACGGCAGAAACGCGGCCAUCGCUCAGGAUAAAAACCCGUUUCGCGCUGCAGCGCGAGAGAAGAGUCGUCGUCGCACUGGAGACAGCACAGGGAACCUUCUCGGCCGCGUUCAGGCCGCGCGGGAGCGGAAAAAAUCCCAGCCUGCGACGACGCGUGGAGAGAGCAUGGGCGAGGCGAAAGGCGGACGGAGAGAGCCGAAGCUUUCUUUGCAUGCGAGUGCAGACGAAGCGUCUCUCCGCGCCUCCUAUCGCUCCAUUGGGUCCUCGUACCGCCACCACCGUCCAGCCCUCAACGCCUCGGCGUCUUCUGCGGGCGAGCGGCCCCCGUCGCCGCCGCUCUCGCCCGACGCCGCAGAGUCUUCCUCCAGCGAGGUCGCGAGGAGACGAAGAAGCGGCGGCGCGAGUUGUGUGCGCGGUUGUGUGCGCGGCGACGCCUCUCAGGCUCCGCGUCGCGGCAAGGGCGACGAGCAGAGGGUGAGGAGUCCGCAAGGAGGGUGUACCGAGCGGGCGCGCCUUUCUCGAGAGGAAGAAAAAGGAGAUGCUUCGGCGCCGCGAGUCUCCGCUGCCGUUCGCCGCGAAGCCCAACCCGAGGACGAUGCGCGCGCCGUGAGCGGACCAGCGAGUGUGAAACAUGCGCCCUCUUGCAAAACGGCUCACAGAGACGCGGCUUCUCACUCGUCUUCUUCAUCCUCGCACUACCCCGCCUCGCCGACACCGCUGGACUGGUGGCGCGAGUAUCCGCCGCCGCGCGCUGUGCCGCCGUCGCCUCCGCUGCGCGCGCCGCCUGAUCUGCUCUUCGCCGAGAACGCCCGCGAGAGUCCGCGGAAGUCUCCAGUGAACCUGGACGAAGUGCCUGUCGGCCUCCACAGCGACGGCGACUUUGAGCGCCUCCUCGAGAAGGCACUGGAAAGGGAGAGAGAGGCCUCAUCGUCGCGCCCGCCCAGACGCCCGCCCCCCGAGGGCCGAAACGCGGGGCGUGGAGGCGGAGGCGGAGACGAGGGAGUCGACUCGCACGCGGCGCCCUCUUCGUUUUCUGCGGCGCUGGGCCUCGCUUUCCACGGAUCGACGAUGCGGGCGGACUCCAAGGAAAUGCGCGACGUGAGCCCGCGCCCCUUCCUCAGGAAGCGCGGAGGCCUGCAAGCUGCCUUCGCGUCUCGCUCUCAGAAGUCGCCUCGGCAGGUGUCGACCUCCGUGGACGCGAAGGCGGCAAGAAAGGGCGCAAGCGCCUCGGCGUCGUCUCUCCCGUGUGCGCGGGCGCCUCCGCCCUGGAGCCCGCGCGCCAGCGGCCCCAGCGGCGCGAGAAGAAGAGACGCCUCUGCGGGGAGAGGCCGCGAAGAUGAGAGGCGCCGACUGCGGCGACCGAGUUUCGAGAGCGGCGCGCGCGCGGGGAGCGAUGAAAGCGAUGCAGGCCGCGACGACGUCUCGCUUGCAUGGACGGAGAAUCCGGAAGAUGAGAAGACCCCGCCGGCAGACAGAGGACUCGACGGCACGAGUCGCGCGAGCUGGCGCUCGGUGCCUCUGCGCGAGGACGAUGAGCUCCGCAGUCAAAGCUGCUUCUCCGCCCUGGAAACCGACGGUGACGACGCCGCCGCGGCGCGAGAGGCGCCCGCGCACGCGGCGCCCUUCGCGGACGCCUUCCGCCUCCGCAACCGCGACGAGGCCCUCGCUCACAGCUUCGGGGAGGCGACGAUACGUGGGGAAGGCGCGGCGGGAAGUCGGCGCGACGCCGGGCGGCUGAGUCCGCUGGGCGACGGCGGAGGGAGAUGGCGCGCGACGGAGAUCUUGCCGCGGAGUCGAGAUACCUCCGGAUCGAGGCCGCGAGGCGAUGACGCCCGCCGCCAGAGGGACGAGACAUCGAUACCAGCAGAGAGCCGAGAUAUGCCGCUUUUCGCCUCGCUGAACGACUACGCGCAGGCGGGCGAAGUCGAGACAGAAAGCAGGGAAAACCGGCGCGCGCGGACCCCGGCGGCGCUGAGAGGCGAGAGCGAGGAGGGGUGCCGCGACGACGCAGACAGACGCCAGAAGCAGGCAGACGGCACGCCGCAGACAGGCAGUGACGAGCGAGGAGGCUGCGGCGGGGAGAAGCUGGUCAGCCCCAGUGCUGUGCGCCGCGCUGCGACGGGAAGUAACGCGAGCUUCUCCACGGCCGAGUGCGCCACUGAGUAUACGUCGUCGAGCUCCAUGCAGACGGGAAUGCUCUCCAAAACCUUCUCCCUGCUCACGUCGGAGUUUGACGAGCGCGCAAAUCCCCACGCCGAGGGGAGAGACAACCGCGCGCUCGCUGCCGCUUGGUCCCCCCUGUCGCCGCGGCCUCCAGGGCCUCUCCACAGUGUCGCCUCGGCGGCCUCGAGCCGCCCUCGAGAGAAGCGCGAGGCGGCGCACGCAGACCUGCUCAGGUCUCCCCGCGGCGCAGGCGAGGAGUCGAUGCCGCGCGAGCGAGAAGACGCCGAGCGAGACGACGGCGCGCGCGAAGCUCCGAUCUCAGAUCUCGUCCGCGCGCACUUCUACGCUGCGACCCUCCCGGAAGAGAGUCGCUGGCAGCCUGCCACGCGACGCCCCUCUUCGCUGCGGAAGCCUGGCGGCCGAGAGGACGAUAGUGGGAAUACAGGGCGCCUCGCCAACCCUGACGAGCGGGACUUUCACGCGCAGUCCGUAGGACAGGAAGCGAGGCUCAACAGGAACGGCGACGCACCUCGGCGGCGCGGCCCGCGGAGUCCCUCGCAGCCCCUUCGCGGGCUAGAAGACGAACUUGGAGACGAGCUCGCCGUCUCUUCGCCAGGGAUCCUGGAAAGCAAGCUGGAGCUCCUGAGGCUGCAGCUGCAGAGACUGCGCGACGGCGAAGCGCGACUUCGAAGGAUUUCCGCGGAGCUUCAAAGACAGCGGGAAGAGAUUGCGUUUGAGCGAGAAACGAUGAGGACCGACGUAGAAGAAGAUCGGCGGCUGGCGUGGAGAGAAGUCGAAGCUGCGCGCCAACAGCUCCUGAAGGAAAAGCGGCGAGUCGAGAGAGAGAGGGAACGCCUGCGAGAGACUCUGCAGCAGCACCAGGAGCAGCAGGAGCGUCAGCGGGCACUUCAGCAGCGCGUGGACAAUCUGCAGGAGGAGCUUCGCACCUCGAGGCAGAAGUGGCGCACGACAGUGGAGCGGCUCCGCCGAGAGAAGGCCGUGCUGCAGGAAGAAAACUCGGCGCUGAAGGAAGAACUCUCGCUCGCCGAGCAGCAGUUUUGCGAAGCGACAAAAAUGCAGAGAAACGGAAGAUUUCGAGCCGACACAAACAGAAACGGCGCGGCAAAAACAGGAGGACCGGCGCGAGACCGGCGUCCCUCGGAUCGAGCUUCGCCAAGACAAAGCAUGCGCACACCGCGCGGAAGUCCAAGCGACGGCGCGCAGCGGGUGCUGCAGCCCGACGAGUUUAGGGGCUCCGAGGGAGACGACGAGCGAGACGCCGCGGUGGCCCUCUCUCCUUGCGCCGGAGGCCCGCGGGGCAACGGGCGGCAGGUAUCUCUUCCCAACGUCCCCCCCUCUCGCCCGCAUUCACCCAGCGGCGCAGCAGCAGCGGAGGCGCGCCGGCUCAUGGCGAAGGCCAGGGGACCUCUGCUGGCGCUGCGGAUGCGCUCCGAUGGCGGCCGGGGCGAGGACGACAGGACGUUGGUUGCGCCCGCGAGGUAUCCCGUGAACGACGCGUGCGACCGAGAGCCCGGAGCGGCGUCCCUCGACCUCGAAGGCAUCCCGCAGGACGCCCUCGCGAAUGCCGUGGCGGCUCCGCUCUCGCUUUCGGAGUGGGAAGAAGCUGUGGAAACCAGUCUGCAUGCUUCGGCGCUCUCUCCGCUGCUCCGUGGCCAAGCGGAGAGUCACGCCCGUCCCGCGUCGCCGGGCGCCGCCGCAGCCCCCCCGCGAGAGCCUCUGCGCGAGUCACCGCGGACGGGUCUUUCUGCCCAGCCGCCGCCCGCCGCGCCUGGCCUUGAAGCUCGUCUCCGCGAGUACGAGGCUCAGCUGAGACUCCAGGAGGAGCGCAUUUGCGCGCAGCAACUCGAGCUUGACCGUCAGCAGCGGCUACUCGGCGCCAGCAGACUCGACGAGGCGGCGCGCCCCACCGCGGAGCAGGCGGAGAUGCGCGCGGUCUCGGACCUGAGCGCCGCGUCGUGCCGCGUGUCGCCCGCCGCGGCCUCGCCGUUCGCGGGGGGCGGGGCGGAGAAGGGCUUUCCCCUCGCCUACCGCCAGGCGCACGCCCCUCUGAAGCGGGGCGAAGGCGACGCAGCCCUCGAGGCGAGAGACGCGGAGUUCGGCGCCAGUGUGCGCGAGUCGGCGCCCAUGAAGCUCUCCUCACUCCAUUCGCAGUCCGGGCACGCCCAGCUCCACGCGCCCGAGGGGACUCCUUCGGACCCCCACGAGCGACGACGCGAAGAGCCUGAGGCGGGGGAGCCGCCGCGCUCGCCGCACCCGACCCGCCACGCCGCGGUCUACGAACCCUGCUCUCUACUUGUGCAAGCAGACGCACGCCGACCCAGCGACCUCCCGCAGGGCGAGCUCGGGGCUCCGCAGCGGCUUCACGACGCCCAAAGCUACCGCCCAGGGGACAAGGCUUCGAACGGCGAGGGUGGCGGGGCGGGUCGCGCCUUACCCGCAGGCAACGACCCGGCGAGGACUCACAACAACGCCGUGCUUCAAACCCCUUCGUACUGUGCCCCCUCGCCCACACCCUGCGCUGCGGCGGCGCUGCCGGUGGCGCCGAGCCCGCAGUUCUUCUCCCGGGCGGGACGAGAGGGGAGACUGGGGGAGUUCGCAGGCGAGCCGGAGGGGGAUGCAAGGGGCCAAGAGGCAGACUCACGGAAACCCGCAGCGGAGGGACUCGGCGCAACAGACUCGAUCCGGGACCCAGUCGGAAAACGGAGACACCAUGGCCUGGAACCCAACGGUGGCCCGGUCGGGGUCGGAGUCGGAGGGCCCCCAGGCCGCGACCCCCACGCAAGGGCAGCAGCCGAGACCCAGCCCAAGGGCGUUGCUCCUUUCGACCCGAAGCCGCAUCGGCGCAGCAUGACGGAGCUUUUCCAGUUCGACUUCGAGGGCCCUUUCCAGCGCAGCCGCGAGGUUCUGUUUCAGUUGCUGAAGAACCCGGGAGACAUCGCGCAAGAGCGCGAGAGGACGGGAAAGAAGGAACUCAUAUACCAGUCAGGUCUCCGUCGGUUGCUCUACGAUAGCGGGUUGCAGAAGGUUCAGGCCACCAACGGCUGGAUGUUUGUUCUGUUCACCAACGGAGAUCUGCGGAUUUCGACUCAUGACGACGCGCACUUAUACCACUUCGCCGAGCAAAGCAUUCUGCAGUAUACGCUGCCCGACGGAAAGAAAUACAACAGAUUUGCUGACGGUCAGCGCGAGCUCCAGUUCCCCGACGGCCAUGUUCAGAUUCUCUUUGCCAACGGAGUUCGCAAGGAGAUUUUCACGAACGGCAUCGAAGAGAUCACUUUUCCUGAUGGAGCCCAGCAGCUCAAACUGCCCUCGAGUGCACCAGAGUCCGCAAGCGCGGUGAUCGGCCCGCCCUCGUGA